AUGACAUUUGUAUGGAAGGAUUUCUUAAAUGAAAAUGUUACAUUUUAUCAUGCGGCAAUUGUAAUAGGACUAAUUUUAUGUGUUGUAACAGUUAUAAUGACCUCACAUCUUAUUUAUAAACACUUUAAAUAUUAUUGUCAACCGGAUCACCAACGUUAUAUUGUUAGAAUCAUAUUCAUGAUUCCUAUUUAUAGUAUAUUCACAAUUCUUUCAAUCAUUUUUCAUCAAUACGAAAUUUAUUUUGCUUUAGCAAGAGACUGUUAUGAGUCUUAUGUAAUUUAUAGUUUUUUUGCAUUAUUAAUUAGUUAUGGCGGAGGUGAUAGUAAUUUGGUAACACAUUUUAUUGCACACGAACCAGUAUCAUUAAGUCCAUUCAAACAAAUAGAAUAUUUAUAUAAACCUAGCGAUAGAAUAUUUAUUUUACAAUAUGUUAUUAUAAAACCAUUGAUGGCAAUUUUAGUUAUUAUUUUAACUGUUUACAAUAGACAGGGUAAUAGUUUCAUGCAAUUUAAUACCUUAUACCCAUAUAAUAUGACAAUUACUUUUGUGUCUGUUGGUUUAGCUUUAUAUUUUGUAAUGUUGUUUUUAAAGAUAUCUCACGAUGAAGUAUCACCAUUCAAACCAGUUUUAAAGUUUUUAUCAAUCAAAAUUUUAAUUGGACUCAUUUUUUGGCAAUAUAUGGCAUUAAUUGCUUUGGAUUAUUUUGGUAUGAUACCAGAAUCCCACGAAUUUGAUAGUGAUGAACUUCUUGUUUUUAUUUGUAAUUGUUUAAUUUUAAUAGAAAUGUUAUUUUGUGCUAUAUUACAUUUUUAUGCGUACCCAUAUGAAUUAUAUAGGGUGAUGACAUUAAAUUCAGCACCAUUAUUAGAGAAAAAUUUCCAUAAGGUUGGUUCAAUAUUUAAUAAUGUGGCACAUUCAAUUAAACAAACUGAUAUGAUUGAAGAAACAAUUAAAUCUAUAAAGGGUACAAAUAUUUAUAAAAAAGAUAAAAGUAAAGGAAAAGGUAAAGGUAAAAAUGAAAAUUAUGAUGGUUUAGGUGAUGAUGAACAAUAUGAUGAAGACUUUGAUAUAGCUCCAAUUGAAAUGGGUGAAUUUCAAAAACCACAACAAUAUAAUGAUAAAUCUGCAAUUAUCGAUUUUGAUGUUAAUAAUGAUAAACAACACCAAAAUGAUUAUAAUUACGAUAUUAAUGGCGGCGGUGGUGGUGGUGUUGAUGAUGAAUACGAACUUGAUCAAUAUAUAGAUCAAUAUAUUGAUGAUUUUGAAAAAGAUCCUGACAUCAUCAAUAUCAUUAAUUCUAGUGUAAAUAAUAAAAAUAAUAUCACUUCAAUUGGUGUUCAUAGUGGAAAUGAAUAUAAUAAAUACUCAAACGAUGAUAGUUACUUAACUGAUGAUUUCUUCUUUUCAAUGAUGUCAAAUAUUAAAUCAAAUAAUAAUAAUAAUAUCGAACAAUAUAAUGAAAAUGAUGCCGAUAAUCAUGGACCCAUGGUUUAA